AUGGAAACAACGAAGUCUAUAAUAAAUAAUGGCGCAUUGGCAUUGUAUUUCUUCAUUUGCGUCUCUUUCUUCCUUUUAUUAAGCGCUGAGAACAAACUAGUCACCGAGACUUGUCAAAAGGUUAAGGAGAAGGAUCUUUGCCUCUCGAGGCUAGGCGCCGAGCAGGCCAGCCAAGACGCCAAGGACGUGGUCGCUCUCACGUUGAUCGCGAUCAACGUCGCCGCCAGCAACGGCUCGGAGACCGCGACGUUCAUCCGGACGACGCUCUCGGAGAGCGCGGAGACCUUGGCGCCCACCACGGAGCAGAACUUCGAAGAUUGCUCGGAGAAUUUCGAGGACGCGAUGCAGGACCUCGACGACGCCCUGGCGCUCGUCACGUCGAGGGAUUUCAAGGGCCUGAAGACCGAGGUGGGGACCGCGCUGGACGACGCCAACGAGUGCUCGGCCGCGUUGAAUCAAGGCGAGGGGAAGGACCUGGAGCUGUUUAAUAAGACUAACAACUUCCUCCAACUGUGUUCUAUCGUCGACGACCUCGCCCAUAUUUUGGCUCCGAGUGACGACGGCGCCGAUGGUCCGAGUUCUGACAACGGCGAUAAUUUGGCUCCGAAUUGA